ACUCCGGGAGCGCGGGCCUUGGCCGCGGCCCCUGCCCGCCCUCAGCCCGAGCGCGCCGCGGCCGCCACCGCUGCCCGCCCGUGCCGCCGUCCGGCUGCCCUCGCCUGGGGCAGGGCGCGGGGGGCGCUCCGUGAGGGCGGCACCGCCGCGGCCCCCGGGCGGGGAGGGACGGCCCGUCCGCAGCGCGCGUCACGUGACGGCGGCGACAGCGACGGUGACAGCGCUGGGACCGCGGCCGGGCCGCCACCGCCAUGGGCAUAAAAUUUUUAGAAGUUAUUAAGCCAUUCUGUGCAGUGUUACCUGAAAUCCAGAAACCGGAAAGAAAAAUCCAGUUCAGAGAGAAGGUACUAUGGACAGCCAUCACACUCUUCAUUUUCUUAGUGUGCUGCCAGAUCCCUUUGUUUGGAAUCAUGUCAUCAGAUUCUGCAGACCCCUUCUACUGGAUGCGAGUCAUUCUUGCAUCAAACAGAGGUACUUUGAUGGAGUUGGGUAUUUCACCCAUUGUGACAUCAGGUUUGAUCAUGCAGCUGCUGGCAGGAGCAAAGAUCAUUGAAGUUGGUGAUACUCCAAAAGACAGAGCCUUGUUCAAUGGAGCUCAGAAAUUAUUUGGGAUGAUUAUUACCAUUGGGCAAGCCAUUGUGUAUGUUAUGACUGGAAUGUAUGGAGAUCCUGCUGAAAUGGGUGCUGGAAUUUGUCUUCUUAUUAUAAUUCAGCUGUUUGUGGCUGGUUUGAUUGUGUUGCUGCUAGAUGAGUUGCUACAGAAAGGUUAUGGAUUGGGGUCUGGUAUUUCCCUGUUUAUUGCUACCAAUAUCUGUGAAACCAUUGUCUGGAAAGCUUUCAGUCCCACGACCAUCAACACUGGCAGAGGAACAGAGUUUGAGGGUGCUGUGAUUGCAUUAUUCCAUCUCCUGGCCACACGAACUGACAAAGUCCGGGCUUUGCGGGAGGCUUUUUACCGGCAGAAUCUGCCCAAUCUCAUGAACCUGAUUGCUACAGUGUUUGUGUUUGCUGUAGUCAUCUAUUUCCAGGGGUUCCGAGUGGAUUUACCCAUCAAGUCUGCACGGUACCGUGGGCAGUACAGCAGCUAUCCCAUCAAGCUGUUCUAUACCUCCAACAUUCCCAUCAUUCUGCAGUCUGCCUUAGUGUCAAACCUCUAUGUCAUUUCCCAGAUGUUGUCUGUUCGUUUCAGUGGCAACUUCUUGGUGAAUUUACUGGGACAGUGGGCAGAUGUCAGUGGAGGUGGCCCUGCUCGCUCUUACCCUGUUGGUGGCCUGUGCUACUACUUGUCCCCUCCAGAAUCCAUGGGUGCAAUAUUUGAGGAUCCUGUCCAUGUAAUAGUUUAUAUAAUAUUUAUGUUGGGAUCCUGUGCAUUCUUCUCCAAGACUUGGAUUGAGGUGUCUGGCUCAUCAGCAAAAGAUGUUGCCAAGCAACUCAAAGAACAGCAAAUGGUGAUGAGAGGCCACAGGGAUACAUCAAUGGUUCAUGAGCUUAACAGAUACAUCCCUACAGCAGCUGCAUUUGGUGGUUUGUGCAUUGGUGCCCUUUCAGUACUGGCUGACUUUCUAGGAGCCAUUGGCUCUGGCACUGGCAUUCUGCUUGCAGUCACUAUUAUUUAUCAGUAUUUUGAAAUAUUUGUAAAAGAACAGGCUGAAGUUGGAGGAGUAGGUGCAUUAUUUUUCUAGAUGUCCAAAUAUUUCAUGGUUUGUGUGAAAGGGAAAGUAUUUUGACAACAUGCGUCAUUUAGUCCAAUAAUGCUAUUUUCUUUUUACUUGUUUUCAAGUGCUAUGUGUCCCAUUACUGUAAUGGGCAUUGAGCGAUGCCUGUGUGCAGCAUUAGUACCAGCUGCCUUAAGAAUAAAGUUUACAUUAUCUUGUUUAAGUAUUAUCUAGUGUUGCCUGUAAUGCUGGAAACAAUUCAUCUACCUUGCUGUUCAGACACUACAGUGAGAUGGUAAAAUGUAUCAGUUCCAGAGCGGUGAAUGUCUUUGCACACAGCAGUAAAGUGUUAAAUUAAUUUCCCUGUUCCUAAUAGGAGAAAAAGAUACCUGAGUUCAGAUUGCCACGUGCCAGUAUUCCUGACAAAAUUUAUUUGUAUCUGUAUUUUACAUUAAUUUUUUUAUACUUUUUUAACUUGCAUUUCCCCACCACUGAACUCAGCACUCCUUAUUCCUUUGCGGUGCCUCCACCCAGGCACCUUUCACUGAGCUCUGAGGGUGGGCAAGCAAACCUUGUACGGCGGCUGAUACUCAUCUCACCUGUGAGCUGGUUCUGUGGAGGAUCUGCUGCGGCCAGGGCAGUCGGCUUCUGCAGCCUGGCAGUGCUGUUCAACCAUGUACUUGUGAAAACUGUGCCACUGAAACUUCAUGUCCACUUUGCUUUUGUGAGUCUAAAGAACGAGGCCUGGUUCCUAAAGCAGUUCAUAGGAGGGAAAAGGGGGAACGGGGAGUUCCUGCUGAAAACUUGUCGCACUUUACAGCGGCGAUGUAACAAAAGUAAGCGUUAGACAAUAAACUUAUUUAAUUAAACUCUC